GUUCCCGGUCUUCACCGGAGUCCAACGCUGGAUGACCUAGAGAAGUGCCGUCGGCUCUACAACACACUUCGCGGCGAUGCUGAUCAACUUCCCGUUAAGGAAGAACACCUCCAACAGCUCGCUGAACUCUUCGUCAAGUACGGCGUGGACAAGGUAUUCGGCAUACACCUGAUUCAUGGUCACUUUAAUAUCGAAGAGGGGAAUGUUCUCGUUGGAGAGGACACCACAGAACCCCUCUGCCGUUGGACGAAGCCUGUUGCUAUAGGCUCUUUGGACCUCGACAACCUGUAUGGGCACACCUUUGUUGUAACCGAUAAAGGAUUUCGACCAUACGAGUAUCUCGUCGGCGCUCUUCCAAACCUGACCGAUCUCAGUAACGACUUUCUUCCUGAGCUAGUUUCUUUCCUCCAGAAAAAUAACCUGACCGAAGUUCUUGCUCUCGAGGUUUUGAUGCAGCCACUACCCUCGACAAUGUCGGAGGUUGUCUUGGGCGAUCAAGGUACCAUCAUGCUGGAACCUUCAUGCCUCAAAGAUUAUCAUCCGUUCCGGCGGACUGGCUGGGCGUUCAUCGAAGGUGGUACCCCACGAGUU